CGCUGCUGGGACUCAUGCUGUAAUGGUCGUACUUUCUCAAACAACAGUAACCUUGCUAGACAUCAACGAGAGAAGCGUGGAGGUAGCACAAAGCUGAAAUGUUCAAUUUGUGGUACUGGGUUUAGUCGGAGUAGUGCGAGGAACGCACAUGAAGCCGAGAAAAGAUGUCGCAAUGCUGGUGGUAGUGUGAAUACUUAG